AUGGCGUCCAAAAUGCUCUCACCAUCACUCCACCUACUCACCCGCCCAGAGGUAAUCAAACACAUCAUGAUUCGAAGUGCCUUCCUCGACCUCUAACUCAAGGACGUACACCCCCCAACUUCGAAAGUUGACUCGGUACUGGGACAAAAGGGAGAGGGAUCCGAUACAAAGACGGCAACUUCGGCGGUCUUAGGGGCCCAAAAACCAGAGCCAACUUCGAACAAGACGCCAGCAAAGGAUGGAUCGGGAAAGGCACGUCUGAUCAACAUCGCGACUACAAAAUCCAAGACCUAUAAUUAUAUCAUGUCCAGACAAGACAACAUGAAUAAAAUGGAUCCCUUGAAUGGGGUGGGGAAGAAAACACCUCGACAAUCCAUCCCCAGAAGCCUGUCACCAAAGCCAGUAACCCUAAUUCGGCAUCUGCAACAGCCAUCGAGAAAUCAAUAUCCAACAAGCUUGUCCGUUCAUGGUCUAUAAGCCUCUCAGAAUCACAUACCAACGCAGGAAAGUCAGGAAUCAACACAGCCAAAUCCCCCCAAUGCCCCGACUUGGACGCAUUAUUGGUAACUAGCGGAGGAACGACACCAUCAAGUCCAACACUCUGCGCCUCUUGUGUCAGUUUCCCCACCUCGACUGUAUCUUCUGUCAACCGCCUCGUGUUGAUCUCACCAGUACGAGUGCAAAGCGUCCGCAACUUGGGACUUCGGUUAGUACCUCAGACGCGAAAGGAGAAUUCUCAUAAAAACCACCGCGUGGAGAUGCACCAACUCCCAUCGAUACCGAAAGCAAUUCAUUGCCACGAAAGCCGCAUCGUGGUCUCGGUCUCGGAUUAG